GUCAUUGCUGCCAAUCAGCUGUUCACGCAUCGAUGCGGAUUGCUUGCUGUCUGUGUGUUGUGUUGUGGUGCGGCAGCAAUGAGCAGCUGCAUCAACGACUGCAAGCGCGAGCAUAAAAUUGAAGUGGAGCCACUACAAGACGCCGAUCAAGUGGAGCACAGCUUGCUGCUAAUCAAAGGACGCCUGCAGCCAAGCUGCACAAGUGCCAAACAGUUGAAAGCGACGCUCUCGCUACGCCAGCAAGAACAGGAGCAAUUAACACAGCUGACGACAGCCGGUGAAUUCAAGUUAUUGUUCGAUUUGGGCGAAUCUGAUACUGCAGCUGAGUGUGAACUGCACCUCUGCUGCUGCAACGCCCAGCGGCGACUGCAAUUCAGGUAUCAGCCACGACGUAGCACAUAUCGCGUGCAGCCGCUGCUGCUGCUCUGCGAAGACGAGAACGAACAGUCUGUGGAGGAUCUCUGUGCCUGCAUCGAUCUGAACCUGCGUCUGGUGCAGUGCAUCUAUGCGCACAAAUUAAGCGCCGCCGGCUUCGGGAAUCGCACCUUCACCCUCAACGGCGCCUGUUGCGUCUUUCGCUCGCAGCUUAGCUGCGCAACUGCACGCGACUGCGUUGAGGACGAGCUGUGGCAACGCUUUGCCAGCGAAAUCCUCUCCAGCGACGACUGGGGCCAGCAGCUACACCUCAAGUUUGUUGCCUUCAUCAGUUGUACGCGCUACGACGGCGGCGCUGUCGCAGCUAGCGGCGAUUAUUCGUACGCGAACAUACGCCGGCAUCUCCACGCACACGCUGCAUUGGGUGGCGGUGGUCUGGCGCUAUUUGGCACCGGUCAUUUCUACGCCUGGCCACGGCACUUUAACCAAAUUGGCGACUGCAUACGCAGCAGCCGGCGCGUGGAUGUCGCCAGUCAGCCGGACGAGAGCAACUAUCGUCGCAGCUACGGCGGCGUUUAUGCCAGCACCUUGGGUGCUGUGUGCCACGAGUUGGGGCAUUGCUUUGAUCUCGGCCACACCCAGGAGGGUGUCAUGGGCCACGGUUUCGACUAUCUGAAUCGUGUGCUCACCGUCGAUCAGCUGACGGAGCAUUUGCCGCAACGCAUUGUCACAACAUCAGCUGCCGCCGCAUCCGCUUCCACAUCGUCGCGCCCUCGUUUCACACAGCUGAAACUCAAACAGCCCGCAGGCAAUAAGUUUCUGGAUAAUUAUCAUAGCCAGCGACGCAACGAUUGCUUCUACUUCUCACGCAAUUGUGCCGUUAUUCUUGCCCAGCAUCGCUGGCUACGCCCCGAUCUCAAGGCCCAACUCCACAACGCACACAUUCAACUGCUGCCCGACAGCUCCGAGAUUGUGUCCAACAUUGCGUUGCGUCUCGUCGAACUGCGUUGCAAUCUCAACAGUCUUGUUGCCCACUACGAGGAAUUCCCCGCACAACCAGCCACACUACGCUUUCGUCUGCCGGAUGCCUUAUGGCAUCUGCUGGCCACACAACGCUCCCACUACGUCUUUGUACUGACCAUUGAGGGUGACACCAAGCGACUGGCCUGUGACCCCGUUCAGGAUUAAGCGGAAACUGACAAAAGUCUACGGCACAGAUGUACUGAAGUAUCAGUAUCUGGAGGAUAUGAUAGUGCUGAAUGUGAAUGUGGAUGACUUUGCGGCGAAUGCGUUGCUCUGGCU